AUGCCAAAUGGCAAACCUCGAUAUACAUACCGCCAUGGUAGCGACAUCAUACUCGCACGCCCAUACCAUAGAUACAACCUGGCAAAUCCAACUCAAAUGGGCUCAAGGGAGAUACCGAAAAAUGUCCACGCAGGACAGCACAGAAUGAGGGGCUUUGAUGCCACCACCAUUGGAUCCAGGGCCCGCAUGAGCCAGAGUGACUCUCAAGAUGUCAUCUUCAUUACCGUAGGGCAAGAAAAAAAGGAGCCCAAAUAUUUCCGGCCACACCUUCGCACGGAUGUAAAUCCUUCCUGCGGAAACCUCCGCCAGCGAAUCCGACGGAAAUAA